UGUCAUCUUCGUCUUCUUCCAGGUGUAGUCUGGACAACCAUUGAGCCGGGACCGCCCCGGAAGUCGCGACACGCGAGUUACCUGAAGGAUGAGGAUCUCACCCUCAAGUGUCCCCAGUGUGGCCGGGGUUACAAAGUCAAACCCAGUCUUUCGAAGCAUUUGAAGUACGAGUGCGGCGGUCGCAGGAACUUUUCCUGUGACCUUUGCGGACGCAGUUUUACGCAGAACGUCAGUCUGCGCCGUCAUCUGAUGCAGAGCCACAACUUUUAUCAACCGCCGAGGACGCAGUAUCCAUUCUUGGAACGCGCGGUUGUCUCAUCGUCUCGGAAGUGGAAGUCCUACGACGACAUUUCUGUGAAGAAUAAUUCAAAAGUGAAAUCGGAUUUUCUGAAGCCGCUGAUAUCAUCCAUGGCUGCGAUUGAUAUCUCCGCUAACAGUUCAGUUCAGUUCAACACUGGUCUUUCGAUGUCACCUGCGUCUGUACCUGUCGAUCUUUCGAUCGAUCAGGUGAGAUAUCGAACUGUCGCACCUGUUGUGUCUGAAAUGCAAAACUGCAACUGGAUGUCGCAAACUCACAAAACAUACAAGUGCCCCAAUUGCGAAAGGCUUCUGUCUCAUCGGUAUACCCUGAAACGCCAUCUUAUAACUGUCUGCGGUAAAAAUCGCAACACUACCGGCAAAUAUGAGUGUAAACGUUGCAACAAAAGGUACGAAUGCAAGGGGAGCCUAUCUCGUCAUCGUAAAUUUGAAUGUCGUGUGACCCCCCAGUUUUGGUGCAUUGUUUGUAAGAAAAGAUUUACUCAACGAAGCAGCCUGAACAGGCAUCUGAAGACAAAGCACUCCGAAGAAGUUAUCAACAAUACCGUUCUUGAUGAGUUCAAAGUCGUCCAACAACAGAACAACUUUAGAAAAAGCAACAAUAUUUCUAAGCUCGGUCGCAUGAAAAGCAAGUUGUAAUAUCGCGAGAACGUCGAAAAUAAUGCUACAUUUAUUCUUGUCAAAAACUCCUCAAACCGAUUAGAAGAAGAACAUGAGACAAUCAGUUGUUAAAUAAAUAAUCAGAGGCAAAAUGAUCGUGUUAGUAGUUGCUGUUGGUUUUUUUUAUAAAGAAUAAAU